UAUUCUCUCACUUUUGUAAACUCGUGAGACUGUACAAAACCCCCCCUUUCUCUCUCUCAUUUCUCUUGCUUUUAUGGCUUCUCACCGGGAAACCGUUUCUGGUACUGUCCGAAGCGGUUCUUACAAGCUUCCGACCAAAGCAACUGCAAAAUAGAGCAAAAAGAAUCAUCUCUUUCCUCAUUCUUUGUCGUGUUUCUUUUUUCAACUGAAAUCCCAAAAUGAUAGUAAAUUUUGGCUGUGUUUUUUUAGUUUCAGUUCUGAUAUUAAGUUUGGGAGUAAACUCAGAACCAGUUCAAGACAAGCAAGCUCUCCUUGCGUUCCUUUCGGAGACCAGACACGCCAACCGGAUUCAAUGGAACUCAUCAAUCUCAGCCUGCGACUGGGUCGGUGUUGAAUGUGAUGCGAACCGCUCUUUUGUCUACACUCUCCGGCUUCCAGGUGUGGGUCUUGUCGGUCCGAUUCCACCCAACACAAUCGGUCUGUUAAACCAACUCCGAGUUUUAAGUCUCCGAGCAAACCGUUUAUCCGGUGAGAUCCCUGCCGACUUCUCCAAUUUGACUCUCCUCCGUAGCCUUUAUUUGCAAGAUAACGAGUUCAGCGGUCCGUUCCCACCCAGUGUGACUCAUUUAACUCGUUUGGUGCGGCUCGAUCUUUCUUCUAACAAUUUCACCGGUCCUAUUCCUUUUGGGGUUAACGAUUUGACUCAAUUGACCCGACUCUUCUUGCAAAACAACAAAUUUUCCGGUUCUCUCCCGAGCAUCAACUCCGACGGUUUAAACGAUUUCAAUGUUUCUAAUAACAACCUUAACGGUUCAAUUCCCGGCACGUUAUCUAAAUUCCCUGAUUCUUCAUUUGCCGGAAACCUUGGGCUUUGUGGAGGCCCACUCCAGCCUUGUAACCCAUUUUUCCCUCCACCGGCCCCAUCUCCUUCCGAGCCCAUUCCACCCACAACUUCUGGUAAAAAGUCCACCACGCUAUCCACCGGUGCCAUCAUUGCUAUUGCUGUGGGGUCGGCAAUCGUCGCGUUGUUGUUAUUAUUAUUCCUCAUUCUUUGCCUCCGCAAACGGCAGCGGCGGCCACCGAAGCAGCACAAGCCGGUUACGGCGGCGGCACGGGCGGUUCCCCCGGCAGAAGCGGGAACUUCCUCUUCGAAAGAUGAUAUAACUGGAGGGUCAACGGAAGGGGAAAGGAAUAAGCUCGUGUUCUUUGAAGGUGGUGUUUAUAGUUUCGAUUUGGAGGAUUUGUUAAGGGCUUCAGCUGAAGUGUUGGGAAAAGGCAGUGUUGGAACGUCGUACAAGGCUGUGUUAGAAGAAGGGACAACGGUGGUAGUUAAACGGUUAAAAGACGUGGCGGUUAGUAGAAGAGAGUUCGACACGCAGAUGGAAAUGUUGGGUAAAAUCAAGUAUGAAAAUGUGGUUCCUUUGAGAGCGUUUUAUUAUUCCAAAGAUGAGAAGUUGCUCGUUUAUGAUUUCAUGGCUGAUGGUAGCUUGUCUGCCCUGCUUCACGGUAGCAGAGGCUCAGGCCGUACUCCACUAGACUGGGACAACCGGAUGAGAAUAGCAUUAAGCGCGGCUAGGGGCCUAGCACACCUCCACGUUUCAGGAAAGGUGGUCCACGGCAACAUCAAGUCUUCCAACAUCCUUCUCCGACCAGACCGUGAAGCCUGCAUCUCUGAUUUCGGACUCAACCCGCUCUUUGGCAACACUACUCCGCCUAGCCGUGUUGCAGGCUACCGAGCACCUGAAGUACUUGAAACCCGCAAAGUUACGUUCAAGUCUGAUGUGUAUAGCUUUGGAGUGUUACUGCUAGAGUUAUUAACUGGCAAGGCACCUAACCAAGCAUCGUUAGGAGAAGAGGGGAUUGAUCUUCCUCGUUGGGUCCAAUCCGUGGUUCGGGAGGAAUGGACCGCUGAGGUUUUCGACGUGGAGUUAAUGAGAUAUAACAGCAUUGAGGAGGAAAUGGUGCAACUGUUGCAAAUUGCAAUGACUUGCGUAUCGACGGUACCUGAUCAAAGACCCGCCAUGCAGGAAGUGUUACGUAUGAUUGAAGAUAUGAAUAGAGGGGAAACUGAUGACGGAUUACGGCAGUCGUCUGAUGAUCCUUCAAAAGGAUCAGACGGUCAUACUCCCCCCACCGAAUCAAGGACCCCAGCUAGAUUGGCCACAACUUAGCAUAACGUGAAAAAAUGGAAAAGAAAAUUGAAAAGCAAAAGACAAUGUGGGCAGUGGGGGCUCGGUUUCUCCUUAAAACGUGCACAAAGAGUAAGUAAAAGAGUGAUAAAGUGCGCAGUUAAUGGGGGAAAGUAACUAAGGUUUGCCCUCCAAAUUUGUGUUUUUCUCUCUUAUUUUUUUUCGUUUUCUUGGAAUUUUUUUUUUUCGUCUUAAUUUUACUUUGCAAUUAUUUUUAUAGGUGAAUUAGGGGGGAAUUUGAAUUGUUUUUGAAGGAGGGUGAUGGUAGUUCCUGUGGGGAAUUCCAUGAACUGAUUGGGAUUUGAUCAUUUGAUGGAUUUAGUUUAUUUUCCUUUCUUUAAUUCUUUCCUUUGUAAUCUGUACCUCACAAACAAAACAAUCUACCUAUGUCCUCAUCGCUUUUCUUGUAAAUUUUCCAUUUGUAUUUAUUUUUCUCAUUUUAUUGCAACGGCCAAGUGAAGCCAAC